GGAUAUGUGCUCUGAGCGGAGGCGGCGACGCACCUGGGGAAUUACAAGAACAGGCAGCCGCGCUGUUCCCUUCAUAAUGGAGGCUGUCCCGACGCAGGACAUGCACUGAGCGUCAGUCAGAAAAAUGUACACGACGGAGCGCAGGCGGAUGAGCCUGCACGAGCUGAGGAGGAAAGAUCCGGUGUGGGUGGCGGCUGGAAGUUUGUGGCAGGACUCUCUGGCGGUAGAGCUGAGCGCCAGCGGCUCGGGCAAACAGAUCGUGUCCCCGCGGAGCCGCACCAGAGCGGUGUCCGUGGCGUACAUCGUCAACGAGGACGCGUCGGUGCCGCAGACCGAGGAGAACUUAUCCCUGAAGUGUCUGAAGGAAGCCUGCGCGGACGCACACGCCGUUUUCAACACCAUCUCCUUUGAGAGAAUAUCGCUUGGCACCACAGACAUUCUGGAUAAUUUCUACAAUGCAGACGUAGCGGUGGUUGAGAUGAGUGACUCUUUCUGCCAGCCUUCCCUUUUCUAUCACCUUGGAGUGAGAGAAAGUUUCAGCAUGACCAACAACAUAAUCCUGUACUGUUACAAGCAAGACAGUGAUCUGCAGGCUGUCAAGGAGCAGUGUGGAAGUUACACAUUCAUCCCCUACGUGGUGUCGCCUCAGGGCAAAGUGUUUGCCUGCGAUGCCACCAUGAUGACUGGGAUCAAAGAGCUGAUGCAGCCCAGUUUCCAGCUGGAGCCCCUGCUGACCCUGCUGGUGGAGAGACUGGUGCACCUGCUGAACAACGUACAUGUUCAGUCCAGCGAGUACUUCCGGGAGUCGAUCAGGCAUGAGAUCCGCAUGGCACGCGAGCGUUUCAGCGGCAAAGACCUGAGCGAGGAGUUGAGCCGCAUCCAGAAACGCCUGGACAGCGUGGAGCUGCUCACCCCUGAUAUAGUCAUGAACCUGCUGUUGUCCUACAGGGACAUUCAGGACUACGACUCCAUAAUCAAACUGGUGGAGACUCUGAACAACCUGCCCAUGUGUCUGGUGGCAGGACACCAGAACAUCAAGUUCCAUUAUAUAUUUGCUCUGAACAGGAGGAAUCGCCCCGGAGAUCGCGCCAAGGCGCUGGAGUUCAUUCUGCCUAUCGUGGAGUCGGGGGGCAAGGUGGCGUCAGACGUCUACUGCCUGUGUGGACGGAUCUACAAGGACAUGUUCAUGAGCUCUGGGUUCACUGAUCAGCGCAGCAGAGACCAGGCCUGCUAUUGGUAUGGACGAGCUUUUGAGACGGAGCCAACGCUUCACUCGGGCAUCAACAACGUGGUCCUCCUGAUGGCAGCCGGCCAUGAGUUUGAAACGUCCAUUGAGCUGCGUAAACUUGGUGUGACUCUAAGCACCCUGCUUGGCAGAAAGGGCUGUCUGGAGAAGAUGAAGGCCUACUGGGAUGUCGGCUUCUACCUCGGAGCCAACAUCCUCGUGAACGAACACAGGAAAGUCAUUGAGGCCUCCGAGAAACUCUACAGGCUCAAGGCCCCUAUCUGGUAUGUGGCGUCCAUCAUGGAGACGUACAUCCUGUACCGUCAGUUUUCCAAGCUUCCCGAGGUGAAAUCUCCAAAACAGGACACCGUGGACUUCUGGAUGGAGCUGCUCCUGCAGACCUGUAAACCCACGGUCUCCACAGGCCGCUGCCCAGUGCUUAUUCUGGAGCCCAGUAAAGUCCUCCAACCAGCUAUUGUGUGUGUGAGCGAGGAGGACGAAAGCCGCACUGUCCAGUUGAAACAUGUCACUCCUUUAAAGAAAGGCUUACACCAGUGGACUUUCCCAGCCGCUGCAAUUCGGGGAGUGAGUGCUUCAAAGAUUGAUGAGCGGAGCUGCUUCCUGUAUGUCCACUACAACUCAGAUGACUUCCAGCUCUGCUUCCCCUCUGAGCUUCACUGUAAAGGUUUCUGCGAGCUGGUAAACUCUCUGCUUCAGCAGGCUGAAGACCCUGCUCAGGAUCUGGACCACCUAGCCGAGGGAAUACUAGAGUACAUCUAUGAGACCAAUGAGAACGGCGACAAGGUGGUUUUGGGUAAAGGGACGUACGGCGUGGUGUACGCUGGGAGGGACCUGAGCAACCAAGUACGCAUCGCCAUCAAGGAAAUCCCGGAGAAAGACAGCACGUACUCCCAGCCCCUCCACGAGGAGAUAGCUCUGCACAAGAGGCUAAAACACAGAAAUAUUGUCCAGUACCUGGGCUCUGUCAGUCAGGAUGGUUUCAUCAAGAUCUUUAUGGAGGAAGUACCUGGAGGAAGUUUGUCAUCUCUCCUGCGCUCCAAAUGGGGUCCCCUGAAAGACAACGAAGCCACCAUCAUCUUCUACACCAAACAGAUCCUCGAGGGGCUCAAAUACCUUCACGACAAUCAGAUCGUCCAUAGAGACAUUAAGGGUGACAAUGUCCUGAUCAACACCUACAGCGGAGUGCUGAAGAUCUCUGACUUUGGAACCUCCAAACGAUUAGCAGGGAUCAACCCCUGCACUGAGACGUUUGCUGGAACUCUGCAGUACAUGGCCCCAGAGAUUAUAGACCAGGGGCCUCGAGGUUAUGGGAAGCCGGCUGAUAUCUGGUCCCUUGGGUGCACUAUUAUAGAAAUGGCAACAGGAAAAACACCCUUCCACGAGCUGGGAAGUCCUCAGGCAGCCAUGUUCAAGGUGGGCAUGUUUAAGAUCCACCCCAGGGUUCCAGAGUGCAUGUCAGACGCGGCUAAGGGCUUCAUCAUGAACUGCUUCACGCCGAACCCAGACGACAGAGCCACAGCCACAGAGCUGCUGAUGGACACCUUCCUCAGGUCGUCGCCCAGGAAGAAGGCCAAGGCUCCGCAGGAGUCAGAACCCAAAGACUACCUUUCUGCUGCUGACUAUCAACGCAGCCUGUCUGUACCUAUCUCCAUCUUUGUGGAGGACACCGAUUCGUACUCUGACUCAAUCGACCUGUCCUGUUCCCUGGACCUCAGGAGGCCCCAGUCCUCCCUCAGAGCAGAUGAAAUCUCUGAGAGCCCACCCAGCACCAGCGGCUUCCUGCCCUUACCAGAGGACUCUCCAUCAGAAAUGUGCAGUCCGGCCUCAACAGAGGAGAGUAUUGGUCUUUUUAUGCUGAGGAAGGACAGCGAAAGGAGAGCCACACUGCACCGAGUCCUCACCGACUACAUCAGUCUCGUCGUCUUUAACAUACAGGAAUCCGUGCCUCAGCGUACCGAUGGUUCAUCGCUAACUGCAGACCACAUCACCGAGCUCAUUAGCUGCUUGCGAGACUACAUCCGCUCCCCGGACAGGAAGCAGCUGACCAGCAGCCUGCUGGACCUCCGAGCCACGCUGGUCACUGCCGCAGUAUCGCCAAACAGCCUGCAGGUGGUGCUGUUCAGCUUCCAAGAUGCAGUGAAGAAGGUCUUGAGGCAACAGCAAGUGAAGCCUCAUUGGAUGUUUGCUCUGGACAACCUGCUCAGACAGGCGGUGCAGGACGCCAUCACUGUGCUCCUACCAGAGCUGAAGCUCCAGCUGCAGUCCUCAUUUGAGAUAGAGGACAGCACUCCUGAGGAGGAGCAGUGUGCUGACCCAGACACGCCUGUAGUUACUGUCCCCGACCAGCUGGUGGCGCCAGCAGACACGCAGCAGACGACACCCGUAAACGAGGUCCCACUUUCAGCCAGCCCCAACUACCCUGCAGACCUUGUCCUCAACCCCGACUGUCCCCUCAGUGAGAAACUGAGAGACCUACGACUAGAGACCAUAGGACUGCUGAGUCAGCUGAAUGAGAAGGAGAGAGAGUACCAGGAGCUGCUGAGGAACUCUGUGCAGAGGAAACAGGAGCAGAUAGAUGCGCUGAGGAAGGCGGCCGUCACUGAAGAUGUCGGACCAGCUUCGCAGAUGAGCUCGAACCCCGAAGCAAAGGCUUUGGUGUGCUGGCUCAAGUCCAUCCCCGUAGAUCAAGUCACUAUCGAUAAGUUGCUCUCUCAUGAGUUCACCUUGGACUGUCUCCUCUACAUGGCCUCCAGGGAUGACCUGAUGUACUGUGGAAUAAGAGGCGGCAUGCUGUGUCGAGUCUGGGCAGCCGUCACCGCUCGCAGGAAGACCCAGCUCAGCACGCACAACGAGGACAGCGAGGACACUCUUCUUUAGUGGCUGCUGAUGUUGUGCAUCAAAGGACAGAUUUAUUGACAGGCUGGCCCUGUGUCGUCUGGAGGAAGCGAGGCAGCGGCGAACAUAACUGACUUUGCGGGGAGCGGAUGUAAAGCAGGAUAGAUUUUGGUUACCUUGUUGAACUUUGAAUGUGUUUUUCCUGUUUUUUUAAAGAUAGUGACAACCUCCUCCAGUUUUUCUGCAGGUAAAAUGUUAGAUCUUGCCAGCAUUUUACAUUUUCUCAGGGCUUUGGCAAGUGGGACUAUAAUUAUGGCAUCAUAAAAAAACUGCCUAGUGGAGAUAUUGAUUUGUCUGCAAACACAUUUAAUACUAUUUUAAUGGUGCCUUCAGAUGAUGCUGUCUUAUUGUGUUUAACAGAAAACUUAGCAGGACCUAAGUUAUUCAGAGCAUACUGUAUUUAAGAUGAAUGUCUGCAUUCUAGGGAAAAAACACAGAUUAUUUGUACUAUAUAUCCUGUUAAAACUCAUUUGGAUAAUAAACAGGAACCUUAAAUCUCUCAGACUGGCUUGUUAUCUG